GUAAAUGAAUUGAAAAUUUCCAAUGGUCAGGUUUUUGAAAUUGUGACUACUGGAUAGGAAAUGGGAGGAAUUUCGCUCAACCCCCACCCACCUUUCAAGUUGGCUUGAUAAACACCACACCUCUAUCCAGUGAAUCCUCAUUUUCUUUUGCCGGCAGCUGCAACAUUUCGUUUCGUCUACUACAGGCCCAACACAUACAUCGUAUUAUUUGCGUUUAUUCCAUGCCUCGUCAUACCUCCAGUGACGACGAUGUGGUCGCCACAUUCUCUGAAGACCUUCGCAGCACACAAAAAGCGAAAUAUUCAUCGCCGGCUUCCAUGAGAUUGGCUUCUCAUAAUAAGACUCGCGUGGCCUAUUUCCACGACGAAGGCGUCGGCAACUAUCAUUACGGUGAACGACAUCCAAUGAAGCCGCAUCGCUUAACGCUGACCAAUCACUUGGUGCUCAAAUAUGGACUUCACAAGAAAAUGGAGAUUUUUCAACCCAGACGAGCGACAGACGACGAAGUAUUAGAGUUUCAUGCCGCCGAUUAUGUGGAUUUUUUGAAAAGAGUCACGCCGGAUAAUGCAGAAGAGUUUGAAGAUGUGUUCCAAAAGUUCAACGUAGGCGAUGAUUGUCCUAUAUUUGACGGCAUUUACGAUUUUUGUCAACGAUACGCUGGCGCCACCAUCGAAGCGUCCAGAAAACUGAUUGCCAACGGUGCCGAUAUCUGUAUUAAUUGGUCUGGCGGUUUGCAUCACGCCAAGAAGAGUGAAGCCAGUGGAUUUUGCUAUGUUAAUGAUAUCGUACUAGGUAUACUGGAACUAUUAAGGUACUUUCCGCGUGUGUUAUAUAUCGACAUUGAUAUCCAUCACGGUGACGGUGUGCAGGAAGCGUUCUAUUCGACGGAUCGAGUGAUGACGGUAUCGUUCCACAAGUAUAAUGGCGACUUUUUUCCAGGCACGGGGCAUAUUGACGAGAUUGGAACGUCGUUGGGAAAAUACUAUUCUGUAAAUGUGCCUCUACGAGAUGGAAUUGAUGACGAUGCAUACGUUUGGCUCUUCAAGGAAGUCAUUGAUGCGGUGAUUGGCACGUUUCAGCCUUCGGCCAUCGUACUUCAAUGUGGUGCGGAUUCUUUGGGAUGCGAUCGUUUGGGAUGUUUCAACCUGAGUAUUGAAGCGCACGGACGGUGCGUGCAAAUAGUCAAGGACUUCCAGAUCCCUCUUCUUGUGGUGGGUGGAGGAGGUUACACAGUCAGAAACGUGGCACGAUGCUGGACAUACGAAACAUCGGUUCUGGUUGAUACAACGCUUUCCGAUGACCUGCCACCGAACGAAUACAUUGACUUUUUCAAACCGGAUUACAAGCUUCAUCCCCAUCUUUCGGGUCGCGUAGAGAACCAAAACGAUCGAACGUAUCUUUUAAAAGUGCGCGAACGUGUCAUGGAACAGUUACGGUACCUGGAUGCGGCUCCCAGUAUUCAGAUGCAAGAGAUCCCACCGGAUAUCCAGGGAUUCCUGGACGGCGAUGAGGAACUGGAAGACGAAGAAGAUGACUCGGAAAUAGGCAAGGAUACACGACGUACGGGAGGCCGUGUCAUUGCCGAAGGCGAAUGGUUUGAAGACGACGAAGAUAAUGAAGGAGAAGCGAGAGAUUCGGUGUGGGACAAGGGCAUGGGGAUGGAUAUUGAUGUGUAGAAAGCAUCGCCGACUUUCCAUCUUUCUGUCAUGACUUGACAAAUAUUCUCCACAGUCUGUGUGGAGUUUCCCUGAUUUGUUUCCCUUUUUACAAUGGGGUCCAUUCCUUUUUUUUUCAUUCUUCCUUUUCUUUUUUUAACCCUCCAUUAUUCUUUCGUCUCCCUUCUUAUUUCCUCUAAUUAUCUUUCAAUUUUUUCAUUGAAUUCUGUAUCAUAUUUUCAUGCAAAAGAAAAAACGAAUAAGAG